AUGCCGGGAGACUACAAUAGUCACGUUGUCAUGGUACCAGCUACCCUAAACACUGCUUCCUUGUGGGACGUUACCUUAGCAACUACCCUAUUGCUCUGCAGCAUUAUCGGUGUCCCUGGCAACAUUCUAGCCCUCAAAUAUUUCCUCUCAAAAGGAAGCAGGGAUCUGGCCACCAUGCUCUACAUAGCUAUCACCCUGGUGGAUAUUGUUACCUGUCUCAGUCACUUCCCUAUCACAGUCUCCCUUCUCAACUCUAGAAAUCCUGUGCUAUUUGACAGUAUUAUUGUUUGUGCAGGUUGGACACUUCUGUUCAAGUUCCUGCAGAGAAUCUCCAUCUUCCUGGUGAUGUUGUUGAGUGUGUCCCGGUCUAUAGCAAUAGCUAUACCCUUCAUGAAACUACACAGGAUAGCAGCAAUAUCCGCUCUCAUCAUCUACUCUAUUCUUUUGGUUGUUAUUGAUAUAGUUCAUCAGGAUCUCUCCAGCUUCAGGUACGUCUCACUAGGCCCCUUCUGCACCGACUCCCCACUGCACGGUAAGAAAGCAAACUACAGCACCUGGGUGACCACAGUGAAGACGUUAACAACUCUGGAGCUGGGUCUCCCCAGUAUUAUCACCUUCUUCAGUUUCCUAGUGUGUGCGGUGAAACUGGCAAAGCACUGUCCCGACUUUAUCCAGAAGAGGAGGAACAGGAGAGCCAGUGUAACUGUGGCCGUCUUUACUGGACUCUUCCUUUUUUGUAACCUACCCUUCUUCACUCUCAUGGUGCUGAACAUACUGACGCGAGCACUAAACUACAAGUACCCAGAACCAUUCUUCAAAGGAGCGUUUAUGUCACAGUACUCCUGGCUCAUUGCCAAGAUAGUACUGACAGUGAUGAACGCAGCUCUGAAUCCAGUAGUUUACUACCACCGCAUCACAGAGUAUAGAGUGUGGCUGCUCAACCAGGGACUCAGCUCUCAGACUCCUUCCAGCAGUAUGGAGAGGGAGAGGAGCGAAAAUAACCGCUGUAAUCCUGUGUCAGAGGGGAACCAGCUCACCAACACCACUCAGAUAGAACUAGUCAUGCUGCUCCCAGUACUAGAUAAACUCGGUUUCACUGAUAAGACUCAAACUACAGCCGAGGUGACUUUGUGAACAGUGCUGACUUGAGUUUCCAUGGUGAACAGUGAUGACUUGUGUUACCAUGGUAACAGUGCUGAUUUGUGUUACCAUGGUAACAGUGCUGAUUUGUGAUACCAUGGUAACAGUGCUGACUUGAGUUUCCAUGGUAACAGUGCUGACUUGAGUUACCAUGGUAAUAGUGCUGAUUUGUGAUACCAUGGUAACAGUGCUGACUUGAGUUUCCAUGGUAACAGUGCUGACUUGAGUUACCAUGGUAACAGUGCUGAUUUGUGAUACCAUGGUAACAGUGCUGACUUGAGUUUCCAUGGUAACAGUGCUGACUUGAGUUUCCAUGGUAACAGAGCUGACUUGAGUUUCCAUGGUAACAGUCCUGACUUGAGUUACCAUGGUAACAGUCCUGACUUGAGUUACCAUGGUAACAGUGCUGAUUCAUUUUGUCUCCAACCAGAGAAUUGUGGAAUAUACCGGCACUGUUAUUAUGAUAAAAGCACUAAUACCAUGCAGCACACGUCAUGGUAUACAAAAGACAGUGCCGAGUGAACACGUGAACACGUGAUACCGAGUGAACACGUGAUACCGAGUGAACACGUGAUACCGAGUGAACACGAGUGAACAUGUGAUACCGAUUGAACACGUGAUACCGAGUGAACACGUGAUCACUGCGUGAUGUCAGAUGUUUCAGAAGUUUCAGACAUUCUCGUGACUCCUAAGAUACAAAUCAAAUAUUUGCUAUUUCUAGAACUUGAUACCUCUCAUUGACGUCAAAUGGAAAAUAUAUGUUUCGUAGCAAGUUCUUGGUUUGUGGCAACUUACCAGUGAGGCUGGUGCGUAACACGUGACUUGUAGAAAUCAGGAGAUCUGUACAGAGUGACACAAAAGUCCAGCUUUCGGCUACGUGACUUUGAACAAAAAUUAUUUGAUCACGUAAGAAGUAAAGAAGGUGUUUUCUGGAAUCAUUAUUCUAUUUUUACUCUUGCAUCAUUCUGCAAACCCCGAUAAAUCGUGAACAAAUAUCCAUUCACCUUUUAGCUUCUCAUAUUCGAACUAAUUUUGUGAUGCUUAUCUUGAAUUUAAACCUGAAAUAUUUUUCCGAACAUAGUGUGCCUUCCCGGGUCUGAUAAAGUUUUUUAAUCUUAUAAUUGUUCAUUUAAUUUGGAAUUAUUAUGAUAUAGUGUGGAUAAAAAUUGAAAUCUGAUAGUAGUUGUAAAGUUAUAACAACAAAAACAAGUUGAUAUUUUAGCUAAAUCAGAUAAAUGAAUAAUGUAAUGAAUAAAGAGACGAGGUUUUAAAUAUUUUCAGAAGUUCACACUAUUUGCUAAGUUUUCCAUGUUUCAAAGGAAUGUGAUUUUUAUAAAGGACUUAUAUCUGCGAUAAUUUUAACACUAACAGCUGCUGAAGAUAAUUCACACUUCAAAUUUUUCAUUCACUUAGGUAUAUUUUCAAAAGUGAAAGUGAAAUUUUGUUUUUGGGAACAUAGUGUUCACUUUAGUGUUGUAAUAAGAUCCACAAAUAGAAUUUCGUCCCGUAAAUUACAUUACCUUACAUUACGCUGUGGAGAGCUAGGGAGUAUCUCUGUUAAUAUACACUUUGUUGCUCGGUGUUUUGAAUGAAUUAGUAAAGUUCCUUUCAGAGGUUAGAGUUCAUUAUAUGAUAUCAUGACUUAAAGUGCUCAACAUCAGUUUUACAUUCUUUACCGAUUCAUUUCAUUUUUCUGUAUUUUGCGAUUAAAAAUUUUGUGUUAAAUAAUAGAAUUAAUAUGAUUAAUAGUGUCCGAAAAUCUUAAUGCCGUUAAGGUAUUACAGACAGAGAUAAUUGCUGUAUUUGUGCAAUGGUAUAGUAUACUGCUAUUAUUAUUACUACUACUACUACUACUACUACUACUACUACUACUACUACUACUACUACUGCUACUACUACUACUACUACUACUACUACUACUACUACUACUACUACUACUACUACUACUACUACUACUACUACUGCUACUACUACUACUACUACUACUACUACUACUAUUACUACUACUACUACCAUAUUCGUAGGUUAUUGUGCUAUAUACUAUAAUUAUAAAGCUCUCAUCUAAUUUAGAUUGUGUUUAAUUAUUACAUUAAAUGAUUAUUUGUAUG